GCAGCAGGAGCGUGUGCCUGUGAGUGUGGGGAGGUUCUGAAAGAUUUGGAGAGGAGAGAGAGAAAAUGGAGUUUAUGGAGGUGCAAACUCGGGCCUUUCAGUAGCAGCUUCAACUUCAUCUGAGUUUUCUUUCAUUCCCGGUGUAAUUUAUUCACCGGCGAAAGCUCCGGUGUAUCCGGUGAUCUCUCCUUUCGCUGCUUUCCAAUGUAGUUUUCCAUUUAAUCACUUAUUAACGUGAAAAUAUGCGGGAAAAGCUUUUACUUUCCUGAAAAAUACUUGUUGGGCUUGACGAGGAUCAAUUUUCUGUUAGCCUUACAUCAAAUUUAUGAGAAAUUUUGCUUAAUUUGAUAAGGAAGCUGAUUUGGCAGGAUUUUUCCUGUUCCAAUGGAUUAUUGAAUUUUAUUUAGUUAAUUUGUUGAAUUUGUGCGUCGACCCACUUUAAUUUAACAGAAUAGAUCUUCCUCCUAUCUUAGGGGGCUUGAAUUUUUACUGUCUCAAUUGAAGUAAUGGAUGUUGCUUUUUCUCGUCUCUCAUGGUGGUUGUGGGGUGGAAAGGAGAAAGGCUCAGUAGCUAAAGGGUCUUCUGUAAAUUCUUUGCCGGAUUUUGGGGCAGGGAAACCGGAGAAUGUGAAGUUCUGGCCGGUGAGGGGUCCGGAUGUUCAGAGGAAAAACUGGAACAGCAGGGAAGAAAGGAGGAUUGAUAAGGAGUACGAUGUGGUGCUGGUGCCGUCCGAUGAUGUUUCCUUAUCAGGAUAUGAAUCCGAUGAAUCUGACUGGUCAGUCGGGUGGCUGGAGCCGCACGCGCCUGAUUUCCAGAGUCAGGAGGAGGAGGAAGAAGAAGACAGUGGAUUUGCUGUGUUGGUUCCUUGCUAUAGGGAUGACCGCAUGGGAUUAUUAGUUCAAGAUCCAAGCAAUCAGUUUUUGAGUGCCAUUAAGAACCUUGCCAAUGACUAUUCUCCUGAGGGAAAGAAAUGCCUGGAGGAGUGGAUUUCUUCACUUGAGAAAUUUUGAGAGCAUUGAUGAAUGAUUGGUUCUCUUUAUUUGAUUAAAGCGAUUCUUCUUUUCAAGAAAGAGAUGUUAGAUAGGGAGAUGAACAUUGAGCUCUGUUUCGAUUUCAGGCUAGCCAUUAAUCAAUUGGUGGAGGAAAUUGAACGUCUUUCUUACUUUUGGUGUGUAAAUACUGCCAGUGUGAAUAUGUGAGAAAAUAAAAUCUAUCCUCUUGACUUCUGCCAAUGUAAAAUUUACGGUACUAAGUUUCUCCUGUCCAGUCACUGAUUGUGAUUAGUGAAACUCUAUUAUCAUGUGGAUACGAGGAUACGAGGUUUUAUCACGAGAUGACUGCGAAAACGUUAAAUUAAUGUGGUACGACAUACAGUAUUUACGAAGUAAUAAAUCAUAUUAAGAGACCCCAUGAUAAGACUUGAAAUAGUUUAAAGCACG